AUGGCUGUCGAUGUCGCAUCCGACGCCGACCGUCUUGGUCUGCGACUGCCCAAUCCUCCGCCACUACUGCACACCCGCGGCGAGGCCUUCGACCGCCCCUCCACCCCCGCCGAGAAUGGCUUCACCAGGGAGCCCAAGCAAAUCAAGAGCACCCCCGGAUCUCUCGAUCUGCCAAAUGUCUUUGACAAAGCGCUGAAGCUGACACCGACUCUGCCCGCCAAAUCUACCCACAACCACUUCAACCAUCCCAUGUUUACCUCCGACAAGAGUAACAUUGAGGACUUUAACGAGAGCGUCAUUCACCAGCGAGCGUCAAGUCCUGCGCGCAGCAAGGCAAAUAAAGAGAAUACACCCCCGACAAGCACGCGUCUGCCCAAGGAUCUGGGAUCGAAGCCGACGGCGGCUGCAAUCUCGCGCCAUGAGCCAUAUCAGCAGCGUGACACGGACACGUCCAAGCGCCAAGUCCAGCUGCGCGGGCUGACUCCAGAGGAGAUGGAGAAGCUGCAACAGCCCCGUGUCAAGCGCUUGGUCAACGUCACUCAACUCUACUUCCUCGACCACUACUUUGACCUCCUCAGCUACGUUCACAAUCGCCAAACCCGACACACACAAUUCAAGUCCGCAUACCCCGAGCCCCCCGCAACGCCCGACGAGGAAUACGAGCCAGCACUGUUGAAAUACCUGGGUCGCGAGCGAGCACACCUGCGCAAGCGCCGUACCCGCCUGCGCCAACAUGAUUUCCAGAUCUUGACACAGGUCGGCCAGGGUGGUUAUGGACAGGUGUACCUGGCACAAAAGAAGGACACGCGCGAGGUCUGCGCGCUCAAGGUCAUGAGCAAGCGGCUACUGUUCAAGCUGGAUGAGAUUCGACACAUUCUCACGGAGCGUGACAUUUUGACCGCCGCUAAGAGCGAGUGGCUCGUGCGACUGCUCUAUGCCUUCCAGGAUGACGAUCAGAUUUAUUUGGCGAUGGAGUACGUGCCCGGCGGUGAUUUCCGCACGCUUCUCAAUAAUACGGGUGUAUUGCACAAUCGGCAUGCGCGGUUCUACAUCGCGGAGAUGUUUAGCUGUAUCGAUGCGCUGCAUAUACUUGGUUACAUCCAUCGCGAUCUCAAGCCUGAGAAUUUCUUGAUCGACUCGACUGGUCACGUCAAGUUGACUGAUUUUGGCCUGGCAGCUGGUAUGCUGAGCCCUGGCAAGAUCGAGUCGAUGCGCGUCAAGCUCGAGGAGGUCGGUAAUACCCCUGUUCCCUUCGGCCGCCCCAUGGAACAGCGUACCAUGGCCGAACGUCGCCAAGGCUACCGCUCUUUGCGCGAGCGCGAAGUCAACUAUGCCAAGUCCAUCGUUGGUUCUCCCGACUACAUGGCUCCAGAAGUUCUCAAGGGUGAGGAAUACGAUUUCACCGUCGAUUACUGGAGUCUGGGAUGCAUGCUCUUUGAGGCACUGGCCGGGUACCCGCCAUUCGCAGGUGCCACCGUUGACGAGACAUGGCAGAACCUGAAGCGCUGGCAAAAGGUCCUGCGGAAGCCAGUAUACGAAGAUCCGAAUUACUUCCUUUCGCGACGAACAUGGGAUUUGAUCACGACGCUGGUAGCGGCCAAGGAGACCCGGUUCAAGAAUAUCCAGGAGAUCCAUGCCCACGAGUACUUUGCCGAAGUCGACUUUACACGAUUGCGGGAGCAGCGGGCACCGUUUGUGCCCGAAUUGGACUCGGAGACGGAUGCGGGAUACUUUGAUGACUUUAGCAAUGAGGCGGAUAUGGCCAAGUACAAGGAGGUGCAUGAUAAGCAGCGUGCGCUGGAGGAGAUGGCCGAGCGCGAUGAGAAGAUGAAUAAGGGGUUGUUUGUUGGAUUUACCUUCCGACACCGUAAACCAGCCGUUGACAGUGCCGGGCGAACCUCGCCUCGCAAGCCAAUCGCCACGGAUGGUUCUUUCGGAACAAUGUUCUAGUUUUGCUCUGGGGUUGUUCACUUUUUAUUCCCCUGUCUAGCGCGUUCUACCCUACCUUUUCUCUUCUUCGUCACGCUGCAUUGUCUCCCUCCACCGAGCUGGAUCUUGGUCUGAGUUUGUGAUUCAGGUGAUAUGUCUGUUGUAUGAGUUUAAUGGCGUGUUAUUUCUUCUUCUUGUCAAGUCUGUUUGACUCGUCUUUUUCUGGUCGAUGAUUGCCAAUUGCAAUCGAGCCACCCAAAGCGAUAUGUCUUUUACUACUCUACUGUUUUUAUUCUUGUUGUGUUUUAUUUUAUGGGAUGCAAU